AAUGUUCUAAUAUUUCUGUAACAACCCUGUGUUAUUUCUGUAGUAUGCACAGCAAACUAGAAAAGAAAUCAAGAAGAUAAGAGGAAGAAAUGUCCCAAGAAGACUGGUGGGAACAAGAGGAGCAGAGGAGAACUGAGGAGAGCUAAGGAAAACUGAGGAUGCCUGAGGAGGAGAACAGUCUCGAUCCGGGGCCUGGAAGGAGCCUGAGCGCGCGGCCAGUUUGGUUUGCCACCUGACAGAGAUCGGCUCCAGAGCAGCGAUGGUGGCACGGGCCUUGGUUUUGUUGGCCCUCUUCUCAGAAGCCUCGGCGAAAUCGUGCACUCCAAAUAAAGCAGAUGUCAUCCUUGUGUUUUGUUACCCCAAGACCAUCAUCACGAAAAUCCCAGAGUGUCCCUACGGCUGGGAGGUACACCAGCUGGCGCUGGGGGGCCUGUGUUACAACGGGGUCCAUGAAGGUGGUUACUACCAGUUUGUCAUCCCAGAUCUGUCACCUAAGAACAAGUCCUACUGUGGAACCCAGUCCGAGUACAAGCCUCCUAUCUACCACUUCUACAGCCACAUCGUGUCAAAUGACAGCACAGUGAUUGUGAAGAACCAGCCUGUCAACUACUCCUUCUCCUGCGCCUACCACUCCACCUACUUGGUGAACCAGGCUGCUUUUGACCAGAGAGUGGCCACUGUUCACGUCAAGAAUGGGAGCAUGGGCACGUUUGAAAGCCAGCUGUCCCUCAACUUCUACACUAACGCCAAGUUUUCCACCAAGAAAGAAGCUCCCUUCAUUCUGGAAACAUCUGAAAUCGGUUCAGAUCUGUUUGCAGGCGUAGAAGCUAAAGGUCUAAGCAUUCGGUUCAAGGUCGUCUUGAACAGCUGCUGGGCCACCCCGUCGGCUGACUUCAUGUAUCCCUUGCAGUGGCAGCUCGUCAACAAAGGCUGCCCCACCGAUGAAACAGUCCUCGUGCACGAGAACGGCAAGGACCACAGGGCCACCUUCCAGUUCAAUGCCUUCCGGUUCCAGAACAUCCCCAAACUAUCCAAGGUUUGGUUACACUGUGAGACGUUCAUCUGCGACAGUGAGAAGCUCUCCUGCCCAGUGAACUGUGACAAACGGAAGCGCAUGCUACGUGACCAGACAGGGGGUGUCCUGGUGGUGGAGCUGUCCCUGCGGAGCAGAGGGUUUUCCGGUUUCUGCGCCUUCUCAGAUGUUCUUCUUCAUCUCGUCCUGAUGCUGGGGACCUGGGCUGUGUUGUAGGACAUAGCUGAGCAGCUGCGGCAGCUCUCUCCAAGGCCACCCUGAGCUAUGACGCAUUCGUUUAUUGUGCUGCCAAAAAGAACCGACAGAAGACCGCAAUGCUGGGGAGCUGGGAACAGCCCUUUGCCAAAUAUGCAUUCACCCCAUGAUUUGUGUGUGUGUAUGCAAAUUUGGUGAUCCUCUGCCUCAGAGCCAACCUUCUGCUUAUUCAUUCCUGUGGUCAUCAGAUCCUGAUAAUCUUUUCCAUGAAGCCAGGAGGAGUCUUCUCUCCUCUGCUCAAAUUAGAGCAGCACUUGAAAGCUGCUCCAGUUAUAAAAGACAACAGACAGACAGACAGACAGACAGACAGACACACACACACACACACACACACACAAAACAUGCAGCUUAACAUUUGGAGGCAGAGACACACUAUCACCACAAAAAUCAAUGCCAAAUACAGAAUCCACAGGAAUAGCCAAAUUUACCCAGCAGGCACUCAUUGAGACAGUACAGUUCUAAGGACCAGCAUCAAGUGCCCAGGCAGGAGGUUCCAGUCUUCAAACCACAAUGUGAAAAUCCAAUACAGUAUAUUUACUCAAACUUCUGUAAUAGAUGAGAGAUGUGUCCUUGGGAGCUGCUAGCUUUUAAAUAGAUGUAAUCAUGAGGAAGGUAUAGAUGAUUUAUUCUUAUAAGUGAUUAUAUUUCUUUAGUCAAAAAUAAAUAGGAAAUAGACUAUGAACAAAGUAAAACUCAUCUUCAUUUCACAGAAGAGGGUGGCACUGCCUCUGUGAACUGUAUUUGCACAAGAGUAGAAAGACUCAGGCGGAGUCCAGGCUCUCUGAGAUGUGAGCGCAGAGCUUCCCACACACCCGUGGCGGCACCCUGUGUACUCACUAGCCUCGAGUGUGCUCUUGGAAGUCUUCCCAUCGGGAUGGUGAAUGCAUUUCACCUUCACCAAAAACAUUCAAGCCCGUUCCUUCUCGCUCACUUACGAUUGCAGGGACUGAACCGACCACUCAUCCGAAAUGUAAUGCACAUACAGUCAUUAUGCACAUACAUCCGAAAUGUAAUGCACAUACAUCACAUGACAGCACACUCUCAGAAUCGGCCACCCCUGUGACCCAGAGCAGGCCAGUGUCAGUGGGUCACAUUUGGCAUUGAGAAGCCAACUGAACACACCAAUCCUGUGAGAGCAUUAGCUGUGGUAUGACAGUAGGGACCUUGUGCUAAGCCUUUUUUUUUUUU